UUCUUUCUGUCUUUUGACAGCUGCCUAAUGCCUAAAACGUUUUCUAAUCUGGCCAACCUGAAUUCUUUCUGUCUAUGAUGGGGGCUAAAUAUAGAAAGCCAGGGUUAACUGCACCAGCUCUUCUCUUUGCUCUGUGUCAACUCAACCUAUUACUACCAAGAUAGCAAGAGAAGUGGAAGCAUUGCAAGCCUGACAUCCUUCCUGAUCCACACGUACACACCGAGAUGGAACCGGCCAGCAUAAAAGAAGACCUGAAGCUCUAUCAGAGCACCCUGCUCCAAGAUGGCCUGAAGGAUCUUCUUAAGGAGAACAAGUUUAUUGACUGUGUCUUGAAAGUAGGGGACAGAAGUCUGCCGUGUCACAAACUCAUCUUGGCAGCAUGCAGCCCUUACUUUAGAGAACUUUACUUCUCUGAAGAUGACAAGGAGAAGAGCAGCCCAGGCAAGGAGGUGGUUCUAGAAGAUGUGGAUCCAGCCAUUAUGGACAUGAUUGUAAAUUAUCUCUAUUCAGCAGAAAUCGAUAUUACAGAUGAUAAUGUGCAGGAUGUUCUUUCAGUAGCGAACCAUUUACAGAUACCGUCUGUGUUCACGGUGUGUGUAAACUACCUGCAGAAGAAACUCUCUCUAGGAAGCUGUCUGGCAAUCUAUCGCCUGGGGCUAAUGAUGAAUUGUCCACGGCUGGCUAUGGCAGCAAGAGACUACAUCGCUGAAAGAUUCGAGAUUCUGUCCAAGGAGCAAGAUUUUCUGGACUUCAACCCCCCUGAACUUUUCGCAAUCAUAGGAAGUGAUGCUCUCAAUGUGGAGAAAGAGGAACUGGUGUUUGAGCUGCUAAUGAAGUGGAUCAAGAAGGACAAAGAGAACCGUUUGAAGCAUUUAGGCGAUGCCUUUGAGCACAUUCGUUUCCGAUUGCUCCCGGAAAAGUAUUUUAAAGAAAAGGUGGAAAAGGACGAGAUUAUCAAAGCUGAUCCUGAACUUGUAAAGAAACUUAAGCUCAUCAAAGAUGCUUUUGCUGGAAAACUCCCAGGAAAGGUAGAAGGGAAGGGGGAUGGAGAGAGCGCAAUGCCUGGAUAUUUGAAUGACUCCCAAAGGCUUGGCAUGUAUGCCAAGGACCUUAUCCUGAUGGUUAAUGACACGGCCGCAGUGGCUUAUGACCCCAUUGAGAAUGAAUGCUCACUAGCAGCAAUGGCUGAGCAGAUACCUAAAAAUCAUGUUAGCAUCAAUACCAAGAGGAAUCAACUGUAUGUUGUAGGUGGACUGUUUGUGGAUGAGGAGAAUAAAGACUCACCAUUGCAAUGCUACUGUUUUCAGCUGGAUCCUAUUAGUGCAGACUGGAUUGCUAUACCUCCAAUGCCUUCCCCCCGAUGUCUCUUUGGUCUGGGAGAAUAUGAGAAUCUAAUAUUUGCUGUUGCUGGCAAAGAUUUACAGACCAAUGGAUCUCUUGACUCAGUAUUGUGUUAUGACACCAACAAGAUGAAAUGGACCGAGACAAAAAAGCUUCCCCUGAGGCUACAUGGCCACAGUGUGAUCUCACAAAACGGCCUGGUCUACUGUAUAGGAGGAAAGACAGACGACAACAAAACCAUCAACAAGAUGUUUGCAUAUAACCACAAGAAGUCUGAAUGGAAGGAGCUAGCUGCAAUGAAAACACCACGGUCCAUGUUUGGGGCAGUUGUCCAUAAAGGAAAGAUUAUUGUUGUUGGAGGUGUGAAUGAGGAUACUCUUUUAGCAUCAUGUGAAGCCUAUGACUUUGGAACCAACAAGUGGGAAGCCUUCCCUGAGUUUGCACAGGAGAGAAGCUCAGUAAAUGUUGUCAGUGUCGAUGGAGAGCUUUAUGCAAUUGGAGGCUUUACCAUGGUAGGACAAGAUAAAGAGUGUGUUCCAUCAGAGAUCACAGACAUUUGGCAGUAUGAAGAGGACAAGAAGCAGUGGGCUGGAAUUUUGAGAGAGAUGCGUUAUGCAGCUGGUGCUUCCUGCGUUUCCAUGCGACUAAAUGCUGCAAAAAUGCCCAAACUGUAAAAAUAGCCCUGGUCUCUGUCGAGGGACAAUUUAUUUUAAGCCUAACUUGAUGAUUCCAGUUACAUGAAAAUAUAAUGUAGUAUUGAAUGAGCAUUAAGCAUACACCUAUUUUAGAGUUUAAGAUGAUUUCACAAGAAUGUCAAAUAUAUUCUAAUACACAACUAACAUUUACUUUUUUUUUAUGUUUUUGCUUAAAAACAUAUACAGUGGUGGCAAAAGUAUUAAGACAAUAUAUGCCAUGUAUUAGCACUCUUCCGGUGGAUAAAAUGGCUAAAACUCUGGAAUUUUCAACUUAUAUGGGUAUAUUCUAUAUCUUCAAGAAAGAAUCAACAGGCAUUGAGCAACUGACACCAGAUUACUGCAGACAUCUUAUUGACUCUAUUUACAUCUGGAUCCAGCAGGUCUUGAUGAAUAAGGACUUCAUACUAAAUAUUGAUUGUUGUAUAGCAAUUCCAUUGCAUAAAACAACAAAUGAUUCUUACCUUCAACCUACCUUGGUUACCAUUAUUAUUAUUAUUAUUUUUUUUUUUUUAUUAAAACACCAAAUUUCACUUUUGCUCAAUACUUUUGGCCACCACUGUUGUUGUUUAGGAUGGUCUUUCAGGUUGCAAAAUUAAGUUUUACUUUUGAUAUAUUAGGUAAUGUAUUACAGUAAUAAAAUGU